AUGUCUCUCUCCAAUAACAUGUUCCAUGGAGAAAUCCCACAAGAGUUGGGUCGUUUGUUCCGGUUGCAAGUACUAUAUUUUGACAAUAAUACGAUGGCAGGAGAAUUUCCUAUAAAUGUCACAAGUUGCUCUAACCUCUUUUACUUAUCAUUUUCGAAUAAUCAUCUUGCUGGCAAAAUACCAAUGGAGAUCGGCUCUCUCCGAAAGCUAGAAAAAUUAUAUCUAGCUUUCAAUAAUUUCACAGGACAAAUCCCAAGUUCCAUGUGGAAUCUUUCUUCUCUUAAUCAUCUUGCUUUCCCAUAUAACAACUUGGAGGGGAGCAUACCAAAAGAAAUAGGCUAUCUACGAAAGUUGACUUCAUUCUUCGUAGGCGCCAACAAGCUUUCUGGUCCAAUUCCUUCUUCUCUUUACAAUAUGUCAUCUCUCACUAAAAUUGUAGUUUCCUCAAAUCAAUUUAAUGGCUCUCUCCCAACCAACAUGUUCACCAACCUCCCUAAUCUCCAAUGGUUGGAACUAGGAGGAAAUCAAUUCUCAGGUCCUAUCCCAACUUCCAUUGUUAGUGCGACUACGCUCGUAAAGCUUUCCAUGUCAGAAAAUCAUUUUACUGGGGAGGCUCCAAAUCUUGGAAAGUUGCAUCAAGUUUCAAUUCUGCAAUUGGAUAGUAAUGAUCUGGGAAGGAAUUCAGGUACAGACAUGGAGUUUCUAAAUUUUCUGAGCAACUGCAGUAAAUUAGAAUUCCUAACAAUAAACGACAAUAACUUCGGGGGCCAUCUACCAAAUACCAUAGGUAAUUUGUCCACCCAACUUAGAUUACUCUUUCUUGAACAUAAUCAGAUAUCUGGGAAAAUUCCUGAGCCAAUAGGAAACCUCAUUAACCUGACAUUACUGCAUAUGGAGAUGAACUAUUUCACUGGCAUCAUCCCAAGUACCUUUGCGAAGUUUCAGAAGAUGCAGUUCUUAUCUUUGUCCAGAAACAAAUUGUCUGGAGAUAUGACACAUUUCAUAGAUGGAUUCUCUGUCAACAACUUGAUAGGAUUUGGGAGUUUUGGCUCUAUAUAUAAGGGAACUUUUGAAUCCCAGGAAGUUGUUGCGAUAAAGGUCAUCAACCUUGAAAUAACGGGAGCCCACAAGAGUUUCGUUGUUGAAUGUGAUGCACUUAGAAAUGCGAAGCAUUGA